AUGGUGCUGCACUCCCCUGGCAAAGCGUCUUGGUGGGCUCCCCAGUUUGGGAGCUGGAGGGACCCCAAUUCCUGCAGCACUGGUCCCGUCAACCUCCUGGGCAGGCGGAGGACUCCCGCGCCGUUCCUCGAAGGCAGCGGCUUGCAUGUGGUUACGGAGAAGGAGGUGCAGCAGUGGUACAAGGGCUUUAUCAAGGACUGCCCCAGCGGGCAGCUCGAUGCCGCCGGCUUUCAGAAGAUCUAUAAGCAGUUCUUCCCCUUCGGCGACCCAACUAAAUUUGCCACCUUUGUUUUCAAUGUUUUCGACGAGAACAAGGACGGGAGGAUCGAGUUUUCGGAGUUCAUCCAGGCGCUGUCGGUCACCUCCCGGGGGACGCUGGACGAGAAGCUGAGGUGGGCGUUUAAGCUCUAUGACUUGGACAACGACGGGUACAUCACGAGGAACGAGAUGCUGGACAUUGUGGACGCGAUUUAUCAGAUGGUGGGAAACACAGUGGAGCUUCCCGAGGAGGAGAACACGCCAGAGAAGAGGGUGGAUCGGAUUUUUGCCAUGAUGGACAAGAACGCGGAUGGGAAGCUGACGCUGCAGGAGUUUCAGGAGGGCUCCAAGGCCGACCCCUCCAUCGUGCAGGCGCUCUCCCUCUACGAUGGGCUCGUAUAG